AAUUUUUUUGUUCUUUUAUGAAUAUUCCUUAAUAUUGGCUAUUCAGCUUGUAUUUCCUUUUACAUAUUAUCUGUUCAUGAUUUUUGGCAUGGCAUUUGUGUUGUUCAGUAUUGUCCUUUACGAGAUUUAUUUUGGCAGUCUUUUGUAGGUGGUUGCUCUAUGAUAGCUUAUGUUUGUGGAAAAAAGUCCAGAUGCUGUGCAAUAUAUAUAUGCUAAGAGGUAUUUAGGCGAAACAGUGGUAGAGGAAAAAGAAGUUAAAUGCUUGAGGAAGAAACCUACAGGAUUUUGGUGCAGUCAGAAAUGACUGUAAGGUGAUUUAGAAAAGGAUUUUGCAACUGUGAAAAAUGCUGUGGGGAUGACCUAGACUUUAGGGGGAAAAUGAGCUCAUUUUGGUAGGUUAACAAGGAACACCAAGAUGGAGCUUCAAGGAGAAAAAAACCAUGGCUCUAGUCACAAUUUUAUUUCAAGUCAGAGCAUAAAAAAGCUAAGAAAUCAUGUGUUUUGCUUAGAGGAUUGUUUUGAAAGAUUGGCAGUAAGCACAGUUCUGGAGAUGUUGAAAAUAGGACCAGAGGGCUUAUGAACUAGGAUCGUAGGUUGGUGAACUUGCCAUGAUGAGCAGGAGGUUAGAGAGCCAGCGUGGAGGAGGAGACUAAGAGAAGACCGUUGGCUUAGGGUAACUCCUCCUGUGAAGUUGCUUUUUUGCAUGGAAGGAUGCUCUUUUCCUGAUAGAAGAUGAUAAUCUUGGAGAAUGACCAUGGAGAAGGGGAUGAGUUCUGGAGAAGGACUGCCUUCCAGAUCACCUCAGGCAUCUGCGGCUAAAGUAACAGUCAAGGAAUCAGAAACAAGGCAGCCCUGUGAGGAGAAACGAGGGGGCUUUGUGCUGGUGCAUGCAGGUGCAGGUUAUCAUUCGGAAUCCAAAGCCAAGGAAUAUAAACAUGUAUGCAAACGAGCCUGUCAGAAGGCAAUUGAGAAGCUACAGGCUGGUGCUCUUGCGACAGAUGCAGUGACCGCUGCUCUGGUGGAACUUGAGGAUUCUCCUUUUACAAAUGCAGGAAUGGGAUCUAAUCUAAAUCUCUUAGGAGAAAUUGAGUGUGAUGCCAGCAUAAUGGAUGGAAAAUCCUUGAAUUUUGGAGCAGUUGGAGCACUGAGUGGAAUCAAGAAUCCAGUUUCAGUUGCAAACAGACUCUUGUGUGAAGGGCAGAAGGGCAAGCUCUCUGCAGGCAGAAUUCCUCCCUGCUUUUUAGUUGGAGAAGGAGCCUACAGAUGGGCAGUGGAUCAUGGGAUACCCUCUUGCCCUCCUAGCAUCAUGACCACAAGAUUCAGCUUAGCUGCAUUUAAAAGGAACAAGAGGAAACUAGAACUGGCAGAAAAGGUGGAAACAGACUUCAUUCAGCUAAAGAAAAGAAGACAAUCAAACGCAAAGGAAAACGACUCAGGCACUUUGGACACAGUGGGUGCUGUGGUCGUCGAUCAUGAAGGGAAUGUUGCUGCUGCUGUCUCCAGUGGAGGUUUGGCCUUGAAACAUCCAGGGAGAGUUGGGCAGGCUGCUCUUUAUGGAUGUGGCUGCUGGGCUGAAAAUACUGGAGCUCAUAACCCCUACUCCACAGCUGUGAGUACCUCAGGAUGUGGAGAGCAUCUUGUACGCACCAUACUGGCUAGAGAAUGUUCACACGCUUUACAAGCUGAAGAUGCUCACCAAGCUCUGUUGGAGACUAUGCAAAACAAGUUUAUCAGUUCACCUUUCCUUGCCAGUGAAGAUGGCGUGCUCGGUGGGGUGAUUGUUCUCCGGUCAUGCAGAUGUUCCUCAGAGUCUGACUCCUCCCAAAAUAAGCAGACACUUCUAGUGGAAUUUCUGUGGAGCCACACUACAGAGAGCAUGUGCGUGGGAUAUAUGUCAGCCCAGGAUGGAAAAGCCAAGACUCACAUUUCAAGACUCCCUCCUGGUGCUGUGGCAGGACAGUCAGUUGCAAUCGAAGGCGGGGUGUGCCGCCUGGAGAGCCCAGUGAACUGACUCUGGGCUGAAUACGAAGUGUCUGAGAGGCAUUUCAAAACCUGAGCUUUGGGCUAUUUAAUUGAAGUUGGGUGUUUUAUCUUGCUUGUUUUGUAAAUCCUAUUGCAACCUCGGGCACUGCUUGGGACACAAGUGCUGCUAUACUUAGUGCUGGUUGACACUCGAGUCUUUGGUGGGUGAGCGGGAGCAUGUGUGAGUGUGUAUCCAUGUGCAGUUUGUGUGCUUGCUUCUCCCUGAUGGGGUAGGAUCUCCUCAAGUGUAACCUAUGACUGAGAAUGAGCAAAUCCUUACAAAAUGUGUGCUUUAACUGUUUACAAGUAAAACCUAAAAUUGUAGAAAACUUUAAUUUCAUAAAAGGUACCAACUAUGGUUGAUACAAUGUGUCUGAACUGAAGAGUGAAUCUGCUUGUUUAAAUGACUUGACCUUCAUUGUGGUCCUUUUAAUAACAGUAAUAACAGUAAUCAGUAAUAUGGUGUCAGUUUAAGUGGAUGGUGUGGUAACUUAAACUGUUGUUCUCAUCCCUCAUACAGGGCAUUUUUUUCUUGAACAAAGAAUGGUUUCAGUGAAACAGUCUAGUGGAGAAUUAAGGUCAGAACCUUUUAAAGUAAUAGUCUUAUGGAUAAAGUUUGUACUUCUCUCCUGAGCUAUUUGAAGCUUAAAUAUUGCAUAGCUUUGCGCCGUGUGUACUAUAUUAUGAAAGAAUAUGUAAAGAGAGUGUUCAGUAAUGCACAGUCUUAAUUUGUGUAUAAUGGAAUGUUAUUUACAAUGUAACACUGUAAAUAAGAAAGCAAAGUUUAUGGGAAAAUUCAAUAUUAUCUUUGUUUCUCAUUUAAAUAUAUUUUUAAGAUAAAGGUACAAGAAUAAAAAGCAUAUUACUGGGUAUAAUGUG